AUGGACAGUCGAGCUAGCCAGCUCCACCAAGGCCAAGGAAGCCACACCACUUUGAAGAUGAAGAAGAGGAAGAAGAGGAGCCGCAAGCUCGAUCGAGCUAAGUUUGGGGGUGCCAACUCGAGCUCGAUCGAGUUGGGUGUAAAAACCAGAAAAGUGGUCUUUUGGAGCAUUCUGGAGCAUAUGGGACAUGAGGAGCAUGGAGGGACUUGGCACAUGGACGCAGCUCAACUGGAUACGCAAAGGAAGAAGGGAGAAGCCAUCUUGAAGACCAGCUCGACCGUCUACUCGACCAACCGGUCGAGUUCCUCAACUCGACCGGCCAAGCUUCAACUCGAUCGAGCUGAGAAGUCAACAGUCAAACCCGAAAAAUGUUGCUUCCCCCUUGACUUUCCUUUGACCCUAAACCUAAUCCUCUUUGUAUUUAAAGGCUAA